AAUUGACGAAGAAUACGAGAAAAUAAAAAAGAUGCAAUUGUGGUUAGUUUAGAAAAAUGGAAAAUGCAGGUGAUCGAUUCUAUGACAUUUUCACAAAAACCAUUUUCCAGAAAAUUAUUACUUUUUCUCGUAUGAAUUGAUUAAAAAAAUGGGAUAACAAAAAAACGCAAUGAUGUAACACAUAAAAAACGAUAAAGAUAAUUGAAGAAUGCAUGAAAUAAUAGGCUGGUAAGUAGAAAAACAUGAAGAAAUAAAAACAAUGAAUGGAAGUGGGAAAAGAAGGGAUCGGAAAGAACAAAUAAAUAGAAACAAAAUAAAAAACAUAAUGAAGAAAACAGUUUAAAUACUGUCAAUUUUCUGAGAAAUGGAGUUCUGCGUAGUGCCAAAAAACAAAGAUAAUGAAUUGUCAAACACUAUUGUCACUUCUGUAAAGAUGCAUAUUGUCCCACUUUAGUGGCUGUUUAACGAUUUUAUACGAUAAUUAUCUAACUAGUCGUCAUAUAGAGAUGUUUCUUUUCGAACAUCUCAUUAUCAAUGUGAAUGUAUACAAAUAUUAAACGUUGCAAUACGCAUUAGUUCAUACCAUAUUUUGCCUUUGCAAGUAGUUUGACCUUAUUUCAGUUGGUAUUAUCAUCAUUAUGUAAAAAAAUAAAGCAAAAGGAACACUCACGGGAAGUUUCAGUAGAAAGACUCGUGUAGAAACGUGACUAGAUGCGUGAUUAGCUCUCGAGGCAGACCUUACACAGAAGACUUGUAGGCUAAUAAAGCAUGGAUGCAUGUUUUCAUAGGUGAAGGUCUCGGUUGAUUGCUCAUUUCUAAAACGGGGGCUGCAUUUUGAAAACGCAGCCGAGCAGUUCUCGAUGUUUACUGCGCAGGCGAAGAAAUGGACGCAAUUCUACGUGACGACUAGCCGACUAGAAGGGUGACUUUGAGAACGAUGACAUUCUACGCAGAUAUGUGACAUUGGACUUGUUCGCUGAUUCUGCGAUGAUCUCGCUGUCUAGCAUACGUGAGACUUCGUGUGAAGAAUUCCGAUGAAUGAUUCAACAUGCUCUACGACGGUGUCGAAGGUUUUUUUCUAGGUGGAAUCCAACCGAGGAAUGCGCUACCCACAUUGAAUCAAUCAGGAAAUUCGAAUCUCUGCCUCUCUUGUGAUGCAUCUCUCCCUACUCUAAUGAAAAUCAAUUCCAGAAUAAAAAUGGGCUUUUUAGAUUUGAACACAAAGCAACAAGGACAAGUGAUGGCAUUGCGAGCUGGGUACAUAUAAAAAUCUUCAAGUUUGCUUUAUUAUAUGUUUUUCAACAUAUCGCGCAAACUUAAUAGCAUCAAUAAAAAUACACUUAACCUUAGAACUGUUAUCGGAAUGUCGAUAGUUGGUAGUAAAAUUAUUAAUAACUUAGUUUUUGAACAGAAGAAAUAAUAAAAAGUCGAAUUAAUGAUCUUGUAAUUUAUUAACUAAACUCAAUCAACUUCCAUUUUUUCGUCGAAAUUUCGGCAAUAAAUAUUCAAAAAUGUCUAACUGUCGUCACAGAAUAAAAUAUUGUAAACGGUGGAGUAGGGUGUCGGCACAAUUUUGUUAUGUAACUUUUCUUAUAUCCACACAUUGAGUUUUUAUUUCUGCAGCUCAACAAAAAUCAGCACAGCCGUCUGAAACUGAUAUCCCCUCAAAAAUGUCAUUUGUUAGUUGAUUUUUUACAAAUUAUAUGCUGAUUUUUAGCAAUUUUGACAGAAAUCUCGGCGAAAAAUAUGUUUGCUGGGGCUAGGCUGUGCGAAUCUCGGUAAAAUUGUAAAACAAAUUGCUGAGAUCACGGUAAAAAAAUAAGUGAGCAUGUCGGCUUUAAUGAGGUUCGUCACAUACGGUUACCGCUCCUGACUUCAUCUCGGCUCUCGUUUAUAGUUAGCUAGUAACAUAGAAACGUUUCUGACUGCGAUAAACAAGUGACAAGCUAAAGAUUGUUCAGAAGGUAAUAACGAAGUAGAAGUUGGAUACCUGGUGUAAGAAUUAAGUUGGGUGGGUGUACCAAUUGUCGCCAUACAUAAGAACAACUUUUUUUUUUAAAUAAGUAAAAGGCAUGUGGGUGGACUUUAUAUAUCAAGCGAAAGGUUUUACUUCCUGCUCCUUAGAAUAUUGGUUCCUUAUUUGGCAAAUCCUAUUGUUUUCUUAUGGAACUGGCCAAAUAGGGACUACUAGUGCGACAACUGGUGCAAAGGACGUCAAAAAUUAAGCAAAAUCAAUUUUUACAAUUAUGCUUCGCUUGUUUUGGAGGAGAUCAAAGGUUUUAUCGUAUCAUAUGAAUAUGCUUUAUCGAUAUGAACUUGGUUUGCGGUGAUUUGAUUGGCCAUUUGGCAUAUAAAGCACUAGUGCGACAACUGGUGCUAUAGCCACAACUGGUACAUCUAGCCUAGACAUGUUUUCAAAAACGAACGUCACAAUAUAGUGGUGAUGAUUUAUUGAGUGCUGGAGGGGAAGAGAAUGACUUAUCAUAGCCCGGAGGCAAUACAAUUUAAAUCAGCAUCAUUUAUAAAUUCAACGAUUCCAUAUAAUUCUAGUACUCCUGUAAAAGUUAUAAAAGUUGAUGUUGAAAACAAAAGAUAGAUUUAAGAAAUACAAAACCGGCUAGUUCUAUUUAAUAAUUGAGCAGCUUAAAAAAGCAUUAAAAAAAAUCACUGUUAGGACUUAUUAAUUUUAACUCAUGGCUAUAUUUCUUAUUUCAUGUUAGCCCAACACAUAGUAAAUACAAGUUCGUUUACUGCAACCAAUACCAAAAGGAUGAAAAAUGCAAACGUGUCCUAUACCUAUUUCUUUAUAAUAUUGGUCCAAGGAUUGCCUAGUCCUUUUAUCGUAAAUUUGAUAUUGCGCAUUUUCCACCUUUUUAGACAACUGUGCAGAAAAUUUCUGCACAGUGAAGAUUUCUGCACACGCCAGGCUCUCACGCACACAUGUGUUUAAUUUGACAGAUGUUCGAAGGAGAACGUAUUAUAUUGUUUUGGUUUCUGAUCUCGUGCGAAAGAAACUACACUUUUCAGGUGAUUUUUGAUCGAUAAAUCCAUACAUCUAAUCGGUAUAACUGAACAGAGAUCGAUUUUGAAAUGGAAUCCGAAUUAGCAGAUUACCAUCGGGAGGACGACGAAAUCAACCCUUCGUGUAUCGACGUAGAAUAUUUGGAUUCUUCAUAUAGAAAUAUGGAAUUCGACCCCAGUGAAGAUCCAAUUGGAGGUACCCCACCGAAUGACGAGUUUGAUUUCGAAAAAUCUGGCGAUUCAAUUGCAGUUCCGGUAGAGUCGGUAGAUGGAGAGAGGAAGGGCGGCAGCUUUUCGCAAGUACAACUCCCGGAUGGUCUCUAUGGUUGCUGGGUGCUUGUUGCUGUUCGCGAGUUCAAGGGACAUUCUUCCGGAAAGGAAAUUGGCAAGUGGGGUGUUGCUGGAAACACGCCUGAAGAAUUCAUUCGUCAGUGCUGGCUGAUGUCACAGCAAUAUCUGAAGCGGGAAGUUGUUUUCAGAUGCAACGAAAAUGGCGAAGCUACUCCUGCAUGGGGUAAGGAGCAUCCACAGGAAUCGGAUUUUGUACGGUUUGCUUUGUUCAACGAUAAGGCUAAUCAUAGAUAUUAUCCCGUUGACAAAGUUACUGCAAACCUUUUGCAUAAUUGGAAGAAGAAGGAAAUUCACCUCCUUCUGCAUGUUUACUCACUUUCCGUAAACAACAGAACUGUGUUUAAGUCAGUGAAGGAUUUGCUUUUGCAACCAGAAUCUCGAGACAGGGCUGGCGCUGCAUCCAACAAAACAGUUCAAGAUCUUGCCAAAAAGCUUCGUGAUAAGCAUGGAAUCAGUUGGCAAGCUCAAGACAUAGCUUGGAUGAUGUGGGCCAAUUCCAUUUACACUGCUGAUCCAUGCCUUCGAGAAAAUUUAAUCGACGAGGCCCCGCCAGCUCACUUGAUCAAACUGUUUUCCGCUAGAGAACAGCCUGUGAUUCGUUCCAUAAAACGAAAAUUUUCCAUGGCUCAAAGUGUAAAUGCAGGCUACCAUGAUGAAGUAGUUUUUAUUCGAAAAACUUUUGAUGAACUGGAAGAAACCGUACACCCAACCAGAGACUGCAACAUUUUAUUACAAUCAUGCAUUAAUUCAGCGUACAGUUUGCCAUAAUUUGCGACAUAUGCACAGCUUGUAUUAAGUCAACGGCAGACCCUUGUAUUAGGUACCCGGUCAUGAGAAAAUAAGAACUGGUUAUGUGUUAGUGUCUACAUUGAAUCUAAAUUUACAAUCCCCCAUCGAGGAGUGUAAUGCUGUAUACCUCGACAACAUCAGCAACCAUACAAAAAAAUUCGGUCAACGUCGGGAAUUGAACCCGGACCCUCCACACUUAGUACAUCUAGACUGACGCGCUAACCAUCUGGACUAUUUACCAGAUGAGGAACGACGCGACCAAAGGCAAUCAUAAUCCACGUUUCAUGCUAUGAGGAUGUGACAAGUGGAAGGGUAACAGGGAUAGCAAUGAGUGAUACGAGUGGAAUAAGAACCAUGCAUAUUUGUGUCCUUUUCCGUUAUCAAGCUAAAUGGAAUCGGGAAGAUUGUGUGGGUUAAAGUUAUAUUGCUGUACACGAUUCAUAUACUUGUUCUAGGAGGAGCCAACCAGAUUCGUUUGGAUGUAUUUAUCGAAACCAAGUAAACCGACUUAAUGCAAUGAGCUGUAUUAACAAGGAUGACAUUCUCUGAUCGGUUUGAAUGCGAGAUUUGAUACAAAAUGCUUAAUACAAAGAAUGUCACACAGAAUUGUUUUGGGUGUACACACUUUCACGACUAAGAUGGACCAGCUGAGACGAUGCAUCGAAGCAUUAGAAAUGCGAGAUGCUGUGGGAGAAUCAUUUAUUUCUGCAGCAGAGAAUACGGUUCGAGCGGAGGAGACAUGUUUUUCAGAUCAACUAGCGGCUCGAGUUCGUGAACAAGAUGAUGUGGAUCAUUACUGAUGUCAUUGAAGGUUUUAUCUUCUUGGUUCAUCAAGGGAAAGAUUUCAGUGUUUUACGUUGAAUAAAAAUCGAAUCAAAAUAAACGUUUUUGUAGUUUUUAUUCAAUGUGGUGCAUUAUGCCUAACUGCUUCUCUGAAUUUUCUUCAAAUCCAAGCUGUAUUAGGUCUUUUUCAAGCUCGAUUGUUGGAUCGAAUCGACCACCUCGAAUGUAACCACAUUUGCGGAACAGGUUUUCCAUUGGAUAGUUUGAGAACUGCUCCAUGACUUCCGCUACUACCAUAAGCAUAUCACGGCAGGCACAUUCUGUGUAAGUUUUUUUAAGGCGCUGUUUACUUAGUCCAAAAACAACCUCGAUUGGGUUAAAAAAUGGACAGUAAGCUGGCAGAAAAAUCGGAAUUAUACCCACUGAUCGCAGAUAGUAGAUGAUCAUGGGAUCACAGUGGAUUCGCGCUCCAUCUAGUAUCCAAACAGAAGAUUGUCCGGGAUACAUUUCAACAUCCGUAGAAUUUGUUAUGAACUUCCGGCAACAAUCAAAAAAUUUACUUCGGUUGAACGUACCUUCCGUACUGAAAACUUCUUUCAUCCCAUUCUGAGCAAUGAAACACAAUAAAGAAACUCUUGGCUUCCGGACAAAUUCUCCACGACAGAUCAGCCGUUCUCCUCGU